AUGUUUACCGAAGGGCUCGACGAGGCGGCCAUCAGUUGGGUGAAGCAGGUGGGCACUCCGAGCUCCCCCUUCUGAUCCAUCCUUCAGAUUUCCUGCUCUUUUUCUCGACCUUCGUGUUCUUGUUUCCUCCAUCUGAAACCGUAUCGUUUGAUUUUUCCCUGUUUAAUCGAGUUUUUUGUAGAUGAAGACCCCACUUCGGUUUCUCCUCCCGAAACCCAUUUUGGAGACAACACGAUUGCGUGCUUCCGAUUCUAGUUUUUUUUUUUUUUAAUACUCGAUUUCUUUCGGAGCUUGGAAUCCGGUGGUAUUAAUUUGGCUAAUUCAUAUUAUGCGUUGGAAUCUAUCAUCUCAACUGCCGCAGGGAUCCCAUGUCGAUCAAAAACCGCGGUCUCCGCUCGCCGAGAAGAUCCCGCUGGGUCCGAUCCCACCAGAUGCGCCCUCGCUGUGCAACAGAAACAGCUACUUAUCUUCGUCCAGUGCUCUUCCCCCUCUGAAGUUAUACUCCAGCUUCCUCGGCCCAAUCCCAAGCUUGAAUCUCGAUUUCAACGACGAUGAUGACGACGACGACAAGGAGAGCAUCGCCUCCGCUCCAAGCGGCGUCAACUUCAGCUACUCCGACUCUGUCGACGAGGAAUGUCUGGCAUCGAGCGAUUCCGAUUUGCUCGAGAAUCCGACCGGCCGAAACGGCGAGGAGGAGGUGAUCAAUUCCUACGUGACCUCUGGUGAGGAAGCAGCGAGCGAGAAAAAUUCCACUCACCGCCCGACGUUGGUCAGAGGCCCUUCUUGGGAGAACCUGAAGAUUGAAGUUCCAGUCAACGCUAGAGGGCUGAUGUUCAGGGAUAUGGGAGCCAAUGGAUCCUCGGCUGGGACCUCUUUUUCAUGGAACUAUCCCCAUAAUCAUGAUCAGAUUGGAAACCUCAGUUCAAGGGUAAGACGACUAGCUCCCGGUUAAGCUAACUAUUCUAUCUUAAUAAGAGCAUCGUCGCUGGUUCUUAGAUUACUUGAUAAAAUUCGGUUUUUAAUGAGUCUUCUGCACAUGAUUUAGGGUCAACAGCCGAUUGGAGCUGUUCCUCCGGCCCCUUUCGUGGACAUUGGUACCCCAAGCGCUCCCCCUAUCAUGGAAAAUGGAAGAGAAGAACUUCGGAUUUCGGAAGAUGAACGAGAGGCAACGAUCCCCGGCAUAGAUGGGAGAGACUGGACGCUACCCACUGAUGGCAGGGAAACCAUGGGGAUGGAGCAGGAAUCAGAUGGCGUGGAGGCACGUCGAGAGAAGGAGACCAUUUCCUCGGAGCUGAAGCCGCAGCUGAAGAACAUCGAUGAUCCUUGGACCACUCUGCCCAGCUACCACAGCAGCAACCAUAAUGCAUGGCAGACCUUCGUGGCAUACGACGCCUGUUUCCGCCUGUGUCUGAAUGCGUGGGCGAGAGACUGUAUGGAGGCGCCGCAGUUUCUCCAAGACGAGUGCUUUCUUCUGAGGAACGCAUUUGGGUGUGUUGAUUACUCAACUGAGAGCUUCAGUCACCGAAAUUCAGCCUCCACUUUUGAAGGAGAACCCCUCUUUCUCUUUACUUAGAGUGAUGGGUCUCCUCUAUUCUGCAGAUUACAAAGGUUUUUGUUGCAACCGAGAGGCCAAGCAUUGAGGGAUGGAAGGUCCUUUGACAGUCCCAAGGAAACUAGCGGUGUGAAGGAGAAGAAGGUGGUGGGGAAGAUCAAGGUUGAAGGUACAAACCUGUAUGACAAUUUGUGAAAAUACGUGACAGAAAAUGAGUAGUGUAACUUGAAUUGGUGUUCUUCAAAUUUAAGGUAGAUCUGUGCUCUUGGGACCUAAGAAACAUAUUAGAUUGGCACAUAAAUGGAAAAACAGUGCUAAAAGACCUUGCCUCCGGGUGUAGAUUAACUUGGGUAUAUUGCUGAAAAGAGAUCCAAAACAUUCAAUCACCAGGAACUUUGUAUGAUAUUAAAUGUUGAUCAUUGGGAUAUAUAAUACGUCUAUGUUUCCGUCCACUUGAUGGCCAGAGAGUGGAUGGAAUUCUCAAAAUAAUAGGUUUGGCAAAAGUUUUUUUUUAUGGAUUCUUAUUUUUCGAAGUAAUUUUCUUGCAUCACUCUACUUUACAGAAAAUGGGCCCAUUCGUUCUUAAGAAAGUCUAUUCAAAUUUACUGUCCAGUAACAUCUCCAAUAUGCGGAUAACAUUUUUUUAUAUUCAUUUACAUGCAUUUCAGAUAAUGAAAUACAUGUAAGGUCAUGUUUGCAUCUACCCUUCCGGGUGAGCCUUUCUAGUCAAAAUCAUCAUCAUAAUUUCAUAUUUUUAUGAGCGGCGGCAAAUUUCUCAGAGAGAAGAGAAGUCACUGAUCGAUGUCUUCGUUUGAAAAAUUGUCAGAAAUUAUCAAAGUAUUAGCUUCCAGAAGAAGAAAAACAUACUAACAACAUCAUUCGUUGAGAUUUUAAAGGGUAAAUUGUAUUAAAAAAAUGGUUUUCUUAAUCAAUAUCCCUAAAUUUAUUGUCUUAUCCAAUUUUUAGUCACUGACUUGUGGAAGUGAUCCAUGAACGACAGUCAAGAAAGUUCGGAUGGUACCACAGAGAAAACUCCAUGGAGAAUACUCACCAGGAGCUUUGCUUGUGAAAUCUGGAGCUGAGUACGUUCGACAGGCCUCAGCAUUGCUGAGGACUCAGAUUAAUUCCUUAAAGACAGCCUCAUACCCUGUUGCACAAGAAGGUGAUGCACUUAUAUCAUGAUUCACACCAUCUUUCAUCUUCAAUAUGAGAAUGGCCACCUCUUCUAACGUGCACUUGCAGAUUCUCUUUAUUGCUUGCUGUCAUUGAGAAGCUCAACCGAGGAGGCACAUGAAGAUAAAGCUCCAGCUGUUUGCUCACAACCAGGGAGUGGGGAUUCUCAUAUCUUGUAAGUCUCCAAUGACAUCACCGGUAGUCUUAAUCUUGUGGAAAAUUCUAAUUUAUAAAUUAUACAUUCCAAACUCUAAUUUAUGUCGAAGUAGAUCGAGAAAAAAAUAUAUUUCAACCAGGAUUCAUGGCAUGCUACUCUGAAGAAAGAGUUCAAAACCAUAUUUUAUAAAUUUUAAAAAAAACAUCUGAAUUUUGUGUUUUGAUAGGAAUUGCUUAUAUUUUAUUGAUUCAUUGCAUCUUUUUAUUAAAUAAUUGACGACAUAAUCGUUCUGAUGCAUGCCAUUUUAGAAAAAAGCUCAUCGAAUAUGACUAUAUGGAUUCUCCUGCUUGUUGUACCCUAUUAUUUUCUUAAAAAAUCAUCUCUAUUUCAAGCUCCCGAGUUCUAUAAAUGGAUAGUUUUAUGGAAAUGGGUUCUAAAUCAUAUGAUCAAUGUAACGUGAAAAUCAAUUGGCAGUUACCCAGAAAGCCAAGGAGAUGCUAUCCUCGUCGAGGUCCAGAAUUUAAACAAGGCUACUCAAGGUCGCGCAAUAAUUCCUGUUUCAUCUUUGACUGAGAACCUCGUAUGCAUCCUUGACCUCAGUUCAUCCAGAGUUUCCUCUAGAAUUCUUCUCACCAAUAAUAACCUCACUGACGCUAAGCUUCAUUCUCCAUAGCAGUGUGAUAGACCUCAGUGGUGGCCAAUCUAUCGUGAUGAUAAUGAAUGUGUUGGGAAGGUCCAGCUCUCUGUCAGCUGCUUCAGCACCUAUGGCGGGACGAAUAGCAUAAAGGUUGCCAAUUGGGUUACUUAAAACUUAUCAAGUCAAGCUCUUGCGAAGGAUUUAAUGGCGUAAAUAUUAACUGUAAUUUUCCCUGCCCAAAAGUAAAUCUGUGGUCCUUCUGAUGAACUCAGGGUGGCACUGUGGUGGAAACUGUGGUGUAUGACUCUGUGUUGGAGGCAGCAAUGCGUGCUCAACCUGUUCUUCCCAGAAAUUUACACAUUGAAGGUGCAUGGAAGUGGCUGCUUAAUGAAUUCGCUGAUUAUUAUGGAGUUUCGGAUGCAUACACCAAGCUGAGGUCCGAAAUGUGUCCCCCCAUUAAUCAUCUCAUGGGCCAUUAAUGUUUGAAUAUUCUCAUGUAUAAAUAUAUGCAUGCUUCUCUGAAUGGAGUUCAACAUUCAACAGGUAUGUUUCAUAUAUCAUGAAUAUGGCUACACCCACGAAGGACUGCUUAGAGCUAUUGCAUGAGCUAUUACUGCCUGUGGUGAAAGCCCGCCAUGAAAAUAGCCUGAACAGGCAGGAGGUAUACUUUUCUUUGGUCUGCCAAAAUGUUAUUUUUUUGGGGGGUUUCAGUGAUAUUUCUAAACACUGAUUUCUGAAUUUUUAUUACUAUUAAUAUUAUGACUACUAUUAUGAUAAUUAUGAUGAUGAAGAUGAUGUUCUUGCUAUAAUGAGUUUCCUAUAUGCAAGAAAACUACUUUGACCGAUUCAAACGAUGUACCAUGAUAAUCUACAGAAAAAAACCAUUUUAAUCGCCUCAUGGAAGACAUUGCACUUCCCUUUGUUCAACGAUGAAAAUGUCUGUUCACUUCAUUGUUCUACUAGCAAUGAUGGCGUUCUUGGCCUACCUGCAAUUAAUUCAGGUCUCUACUUGAGCUUCACUACUUCCUCUGUAAUGAUUAAUUAACUUCAUAACACAUUAACUACAUCUUCUUGAUUAAUUUAUUAUGCUUUCCUCCAACCCUAAAACAGAAUCCGGACAUUGAUUUAUCUCAUGAUAAUAUUUUUUUCUGAAUCACUCUCUUCUCCUUACGGAUUUUGAGCCGCAAGGUAUGAAUUUAAACACUAGUUUGAUCAUUUAUGAUGCAGAAAAGCUUGUUGCUAGAAUGUGAAGCUCAAGUAGAAAAUCUGCUUGCGACUACUUUCAAGAACUACAAAUCAUUAGACGACCUGUCUCCCACUGGCUUGGCUGACACUUGUCAUCCACCAUCAGAGGCCUCUCCUCAAGCUUUGGCCCCAGCAGUGCAAUUGUACACUCUUCUUCAUGACAUACUUUCUCAAGAGGGCCAGAGCAUGUUGAGAAAAUAUCUCCAGGUGAUGCUUUGCUCUUGAUGUGAUGCACUUAGGGCUGGUCUGUGAUUUGGGAUAAAUUAAUUUCACUGAGGAGAUAUCUUCUACCGUUUAAAUGAAUCCCAAUUUUUUCUGUGAAUAUAUUUUUACUAUUUAUGAAUGUUUCCUCCGUAAUAAGAGCACAAAUUUCUGUUAUGAUAUGAAUUAAAUUUCAUCCUCUGUGGACUACUUAAACAAUCAUAUUUACCGGUUAUGAAUAAAGUUUCCCUUUUUAUGAAUAAUUUUUUGCUUUUUAUGAAUGUCUUCAGACUGUAGACGUACCCAGGAAGCAGCUAUAGACGUUUGUCUUCCUAAUUUAUUUUUUCUGAAUACCUAUUUACUAUUUAUGGACACUGAUCUGACUGUUUAAACAAUCAUUGUUAACUAUUAUGAAUAUUACCCAGGAAGAUUUAAACGUUGUUCUCCUAAAUUUUUGGAUGAUUAUGUUUUCACUAUUUAUGAACCAGUUCCUCCUCGGAUUCUCGGAUUAAAUGCCACCCUCUGCAGAUGGCUGCAGCCAAAAGGUGCAGAUGGCUCAUGGUGGAGACCGACGAGUUUGUCUUGGGCAACUCCGAGGGUCUGGUCACCGACCCCAUCACCAUAUCCACCGCUUAUCUAAAGAUGAAGGCCUUGUGUAUCAGCAUAAGAUCAGAGAUUGAGGUAGAUAUUAGGAUUCACAACCAGCACAUACUGCCCAGGUUCUGCCUUCUCCUCCACUCCAUGUUCUUGAGGAAUUCUUCAAUAAUUCCCUCUUUUUUUCUGCCACUUUUUUAUUUUAAUUUGGGCUUUUCUUAUUUCAGCUCGAUAGAUCUUCCGAGUAUAGCCGCUUCCCUCUACAGUCCAGAGUUGUGCAAGAGACUCCGAGCUUUUCUUGCGACUUGCCCCCCUUCCAAGCCUGCUCCGCAUGUCACUGAGCUUCUGAGUGCUUCCGCUGACUUUGAAAGAGAUCUUCAGUCAUGGAACAUUCCGUAAGUGUGAAAAAGACAGCCAAUGAUAAGUAAUUCUCUUUGAGACAUAAUCGAUCAUGAGAAGUAUCAUAAAUGGUAGGGAAUUUAAAAUAAAAAAUAAAUAAAGAUGGAGAAUUUUAAUUAAAGUUUAGACUUUUGAUUGCUGAUGUAUUUUCCAAAGAAGGGAAAAAAUGAGUUUGGUCAACCAUGAGAUGUUUACCACUUCUGCUCAUCUUCCCCAGUCCAAAGGUAAAAAAAAUGGAGGGGAAACGAAGAUAAUUUAGCCGAUUUGAGAUUGUUGAGAGCAUUAAUUCUUAAGAUUGAGAUCUUAAGUCUGUGAGGUAUUUUUCGCUCUUAUUUUCGACUCUGACUUCUAAAAAGCAGUUAGUCAACCAUAAGAAGCUUGACUGCUUCUGCUUAUCUUCUGCAGCCCAGCGCAGAGCGGAGUGGUGUCCAAGGACCUGUUCCAUGAUUACAUCAUGGUGUGGAUUCAAGAGACGAGGCUUCACUUGCUCGAGCAGUGCAGGUCCGAGAAGCUGCCCUGGUCGGGGGCGUUGACCAACUACUCCACCUCUCCCUUCGUAGAGAAUAUGUAUGAGCAGGUCAAAGGAACCCUGAUCGAGUACGAGGUGGUCAUCAAACGGUGGCCCCAGUAUCUCCUCCAUUUGGAAGCUGUGAGUCUCCUCCCCAAUCUCUCUUUCUCUCUCUCUCUCUCUCUCUCUCUCUCUCUCUCUCUCUCUCUCUCAUGGGGUACUGCUCACAUAAAAAGGCCGUCGCCGACGUUGAGCGGACGAUCAUGAAGACCCUAGAGAAGCAGUACGCAGAGAUUCUAGCCCCUCUGAGAGAGAGCUUCCCUAAGCUCCUCGAGAAGCACGUCCAGAAGCUCACCGGGCGUCAGUCCGCCGCCAUCUACUUCGUCCCUGACCAAGUACGUUGACCUCGCAGCUCAACAUUCAGCUUCCAUGCCUAAACACACUCUGACCUCCUCUCUCUCCCUCUCUCUCUGCGCGGCCAUGGCAGCUGGGGACGUUUCUGAACACCGUGAAGAGGAUUCUCGACACGCUGCAUGGGAAGGUGGAGCAGCUACUGAGGUCGUGGGAGCCGGUGCUGACGGUGAUCGGUGACGGGAAGUCCGCCUUCGGCGAGCAGAUGAACGGAAUCACGGUCUUGCUGAGGAAGAAGUUCAAGAACUACGUGCAGGCCAUCGUCGAGAAGCUCGUGGGAAAUGUGAGUAUCCAUCCAUCUGCUUCAAGCUCAGAUCUUUCCGUUUGCAGAAAUGGAUUCGUUGACGCCCUCGAAACGAUUGUCUCCAGACGAAGGCCGCGAGAGCGACCAGGCUGAAGAGGGUGCUCGAAGAAACCAGAGAUUCAGACGGUGAGGCCGAGGUUAGAGAGAGGCUGCUCCCACUGUGCCUGCUACUGACGGAUUCCAUCAGGAACCUCCAUGGCUGCCUCUCCAGCAGGAUCUUCGUGACUGUCUGCAGGGGUCUGUGGGACCGGAUGGGACAGGUGAAUGAAUGGAGCAGCUAUUCUUCCUCGAUUAAAUUUACUAUUAUAGUAUCUUCUGGCGCCAUUAAACUUCCAGUGAGAGUAACUUCACCCUCUUUCUCUGAGGUUUUGAUCAGAUUGUGCUCGGCUUUCUUGAGAGCCGGAAGGAGAACAGGGUCUGGUACAGAGCCUCCGACCGCGCCUUAUCGGUGAGGGCGCCACCUGCUUGCGCUAAAGCUUCAUAUUUUCAUGGAUUCUUCUGACCGACGUUGACUUUUGGGAGAUCUGCUGCAGGUCUUGGACGACUUCUUUGCCUCCCAGAUGCAGACGUUCCAGGGGAACUCCCUGCAGGAGAAGGACCUCGACCCUCCCCGUUCGGUGAUGGAGGCGCGGUCUAUUCUUCGUUGA